AUGUGGCUGUGGGAUUAGUGGCGUGUUUGUGAUUGUGCGCAUUUUCCGCAUCGUGGUGUGUGAUUUGUCCGGAGUUAUCCCAGCGCUCGGAAAAGUUCAAAUAAAAAAAAUCUAAAGCAGGGGAAUGGCUGAACACAAGCGGCUUACAUGCGGAUUUUUUUUUGCAGUGCAUUAAAACAGUGUUUGUGCAGCUGUGAAAAUUACCGGAUGUUAUUUAUUAUAGUCGCUAAUUAAAUUAAUAAUAAUAAAAAACCCAGAGCAGAGCGUGCAUGCUGUUCGUCGCGAUUUUGUGCGGCAUGAUUGUUGUAGGAAGUCUCCUGCCUUUUUUUUUUUUUUUUUCUGUCUUUUUUUUCUCCUCUUUGAGCCGGGCUAUUCAAACCUGCAGAUCUAAGUAAACAAUCAUUCGAGCUCUUAAUGCAAAUAAACGGAUGGCUUCUUUAAGGUGUCGCGCGACCCGGUUAGUUUUCAGGAUUCAUUUCUGCGUGCAAAUUUGGGGGAUCUGCAGAAUAUGGCGUCUGGUUCCUUUAUAAAAAUAAAGACAGGCUGCCAUUUUUGUUUUCCUUUUGUCUGAAUUUUUUAAUAAAACUGUCUGAGAAUGUGGGAGAGGCGGCCCAGGCUCGCGCGCCGCGCGCUUUCCCAGCAGCCUCCAGACCUCGGCGUGAAUUUAAUCCGCUUUUUGACUUUGGCUUUUAUUUCUUUAUAAAAAAAAAGAGAUGAUGAUAAAACUUCCAGGAUGCCGAUAGAUUAAAAGGAGAAAAGUUAAGCAGCCCAAGUUGUGAUCUGGGCUUUCCUGGGGCUUGUAAGACGCCAGUCGUGGCAGUCGGAGACACAGACGCUGAGUGUAUCAUGGCCGAGCCACGAUUUAAUAACCCAUACUUCUGGCCUCCGCCUCCUGCAAUGCCUGGCCAGCUGGACAACCUCGUUCUUAUUAACAAGAUCAAAGAGCAGCUGAUGGCCGAGAAAAUCAGACCUCCACACCUGCCUCCUACUUCGGUCCAAUCCCAGCAGCCCUUGCUGGUUCCCCCGACGCCUGCGGAAGGUGGGACGCACAGCAUGGCAGUGCCCAAGCUGCAGCAGAUGCCCGGCCUUCCUCCUCACAGCCCGACGCAGCCUGACAUUGCCCUGCACGCCCGACCUGCGUCCAGCUCCGUCGCAGGACGCAUUCUCGGUGACGUGAACUUGAACCUGGACGAUAAGGCGGCUUUAAAAGCGAGAGGACUGUGGGAAGACUGGCAUUUACGACAGAUCAUAGACCAGCCGUCCAGAGCGAACCAUCUGUCAGGUAUAGCGCUGUCGUCUCGUACCGGCAACCAGAACACGUCGGAGGCUGUGACCCCGGCCACGCCCACUUCCUCCAGCAGCAGCAUCCACGCACGCCAGGGAUCAGUGGCUUCCGCAAACCUCCUCUCAGGGUUGGCCAGCGCCGUCGGGGCGGAGCCACUCAAAAACAGCGGCGGGCUGGCAGGACUGCUGGGACCGCCCCCGAAAAGCGGAGGACGAGGCCGCAAGAAGAUCAAAGCAGAAAACACGUCCGGUCCUCUGCUGGUUGUACCCUACCCCAUCCUGGCUUCAGGAGCCGACCAGUCGUCUGUAACAAUCACGGCCAAAGAGGGCAAAUCAUACAGGUGUAAAGUGUGUCCGCUGACUUUCUUCUCCAAGUCAGACAUGCAGAUUCACUCCAAGUCACACACGGAGGCCAAGCCGCACAAAUGUCCUCACUGCACCAAGUCGUUCGCCAACGCCUCGUACCUGGCGCAGCAUUUACGCAUCCACCUGGGGGUGAAGCCUUAUCACUGCUCGUACUGCGAGAAAUCCUUCCGCCAACUCUCACACCUACAGCAGCACACCAGAAUCCACACAGGCGAUCGGCCGUAUAAAUGUAUCCAGCCAGGCUGUGAUAAAGCCUUCACACAGCUCUCCAAUCUGCAGUCUCACCAGAGGUCACACAAUAAAGACAAGCCUUACAAGUGCUCCAACUGCUACCGCGCCUACUCCGACUCCGCCUCUCUGCAGAUCCACUUAGCCGCUCACGCCAUCAAGAACGCCAAGGCGUACUGCUGCAGCAUGUGUGGCCGAGCCUACACCUCCGAGACCUAUCUGAUGAAGCACAUGUCUAAACACACAGUAGUGGAGCACCUGGUGACUCAGCACUCGCCGCCCCGGAACGACUCUCCAAGCAUCCGCAUCUCGCUCAUCUGAAGCCGGUCAGUUCCCCCUCGUCCUCCUCGGAUCACCUCGUCCUGGUGGUGCGUCCGUUCGUUCACUUCAUCAUUCCGUGGUUUCUGGGAAUACGUUCUAAAACGUGUUAGACUGCGUUCGCAACACCUCGCGCUGAAGGAGUUGUCGUUUUAGUCGUUUUUUUUAUUCGCACUAUCGCUCACUCUCUCUACCUCAGCAUGGAGUUUUAGAGAGAGUGGGGUGAGGAAAUAGUAGGGACAUCCAAAGACCGUUGUUGCAGCACUUUGAGGCCUUGUGGCUAAAAAAAAAAAACAAAAACAGAAAAAAUAUUCAGUCUAAUUGUUGGACAGUAAAAAGGCUAUAGUACUUGGCAGCUAAAUUUUUUUUUUUUUUGGACAUUAGAUGUUAUGCAGUUAAAAAACUGUCUUGUUUACAUCCAGUGGUUAUAAACUCGUAUGCUGAGACCUUUUAGAGCACGGACCAAGUCCAACAUCGUUUUCUGAAAAUUUUCUAUCUUCUGGUUUAGACUGAACUAGUCAUUCCUUUUUUAAAUACUUUUUUUUUUUUUUUGCAUUGAUUAUUAUUAAGCAACACAUCUUUCGAAAGGUCAUAGAGUUAAGUGAAUAAAAUGACGUGCCAAAAAACACACAGUAAUGACAAAAAAAAAAAAAAGAUGCUGGUCUGUCGACUUCGGUGUACAUAAUCACUCGAUCCCACUGCCGCUGGUGUAUAAAGUUAAAUAAUCAUGACGUCAGAUUUCAGGCUCCGCUGCAGUGUCUGCCUUUCUACAGUACUGUGCAAAAGUCUCAGCUCAGCUCUUUAUCUGGACACGAAAACACUACAGGACUCGGGGCGGGUGCGGGUAGAGUCGAGUUUUAUACUUUCUCGUAACUGCAAGCUCCAGAGUGUUUUAUUCCUCUUACACCACACAUUUUAACGUUGUGGAAGGGCUGCGAAACAAGUUCUGACUUACGUCAUAGCAGCUGUAAAGCUCCGUUCCCUCACCAGCGUCUCUUCGUCGUAGAUUUUAUUGAGUUGUUAUUUAACGUUGUGGAACAGGAGCUUUACAUCAGUCUCGUCACGCAACACCUUCUGACCAAUCAGUAAACAGUAGUACUAAAUUAUCCUUGAUCUUAUGUGUGAUGGCCAGAAGCAUUUCUUUUCAAGGCCCUCCAGCUAUAGUUGUAACUAAUUAUAAUUUAUAUUAGUAUCAUUUAUUUAAAAAUAAUAAAACAUUGACGUAUUAUUAGAUGGUUAACUAUGUCUUGAAAAGAGGCUAAACCCACUUCAGGUUCACACACUGCAUCUUAAAAGGCAUUUUAUGUAAUAAAAAUAUUAUAUAUAAUUCAAGCCGAGAUCAGAAAAUGUUUUUUUUUUUUUUUUUUUAUAUAUAUAUAUAAAGUUAAACCUGGCACUUAGAAAAAUUUACGGUUUAAAAUCGUUCAUCGUCCAGCCCAUGAUGUAAAUAUCACUGAAGCUGUAUGAAAGUUUAUAGCAAAAACUAACUAUAGAACGACUUUAAUGUACGUCACACAAACACUCGUACUUUUUUUUUUCCCCCGUUUUAAACCACAACUAAAAUAAUCUGUCCCAGAUAAAUAGCUUUAAACACAUUUUGCUCAGGUGGGCUAAAACUUUUGCACAGUACUCUAACAGUUCAUGUAACCGUGUCGCGUCUCGUGUGUGUGUACAUACGUUUAUGUUUAAAGUGCGUCUGGUUUCAUCCCUUCCACGUAUUAUCACGUCUAAGUAUUAAUAAUUACCAUUAUAUUAUUUUCUAUACAGUCAAGCCUUAAAUAUUUUAUCACUAAUUGUUUAUCUUAUCCACGUCUACCAUAUUGGUGUUCUCAUUGUACUCAGUACUGUAUGCCUUUUUUUCUUUUUUUUUUUUCUUAAAUUUCCUAGCAUGAUUAUUCUGUAAAUAAACUAUAAAAUACUUGUGUUAACCCCUUUAUAUUAAAAAAAAUAGUUAUUACAAAUUUUUUUUUUAUUUGUCUUGCAUUGUGGUACUCUGAAAAGUUUGUCUUGGCUGCUAUAAUAUGCAAAGUCGAGACUUAGAAUGGACUUAUAAGAAAAAUAAAUCUGAAAAAUCUGCAUUGAA